GCUGAAGGAGAUACCAAGGGCGAUAAGGCCAAAGUUAAGGAUGAGCCACAACGGAGAUCAGCGAGGUUAUCUGCUAAACCUGCUCCUCCGAAGCCAGAGCCUAAACCUAAAAAGGCAGCUCCAAAGAAGAGCGAGAAGUUGCCCAAGGGGAAGAAGGGGAAAGCUGAUGCUGGCAAGGAGGGAAACAACCCUGCAGAAAAUGGAGAUGCCAAAACAGACCAGGCACAGAAAGCUGAAGGUGCUGGUGAAGCCAAGUAAAAUGUGUGAAUUUUUGAUAACUGUGUACUUCUGGUGACUGUACAGUUUGAAAUACUAUUUUUUAUCAAGUUUUAUAACAAUGCAGAAUUUUGUUUUACUUUUUUUUAAGCUAUGUUGUUAGCACACAGACCGCUUCGUUGUUGUGUUUUUUGGGGGGAGGGUGGGGGGGGAGGGUCAGUGGGGACAAAUGUCACUUAGUCUAUUUCUUGGAACCUAAAUUUUAAUAAGAAAAGUUUUCCUGGUCCCCUGGUUUUUUAGAAGGGCUCUUCCUGAGUAGAGGAGGAAGAGAUUCCUUCAGGCUGCACAUCUGUUAAGUUUUGUGAAAUGCAUCAGAGUGAACAUCAGAGCUCCCAAGAUGCCUGUUGCCGACUUCAAAACCGCAGUUUGUAACACCCUCUCUAUGUUCUUUGGUGUCCUUAUCGUUUGCUUAGAACCUGUCACUCAGAAAUAAGGCAAAAAAAUGGGCAUUUUGGGACUUACC